GGCGAUGGUGAUGGAGUUGCCGCCAAUGGAUCUGGUGACUAAGGUGCUCGAUUCCUCUGAUCUCACCGGUGAGAAGGCUGUGGUGGCCAAGAUGAUGAAGGAAUUACAGGAGAAGCAUCCCAUACAGCUCCAGUACGACGCAGAUGUCUUGCUCCACGCUUUGUGUAAACCCUGGGAAGUGGGUGGUCACGCUUACGAUUUUAAGAAAUGCCAUCGCCAAUUAAGAAUCACCGAUCCAUAUCAAACUUAUUCGACAGACCAAGUCUUGCUUCAAUGGCACGAGAGAGUAGUAGCAGAACGAGAGGCAUGGAACAGGCAAAGGCAGCUCAAAGCACACAUGCUCUUCCUUCUUUCCAAGCUCCAAGUUGCGGAGAGGCAGCGGCGUCGCACCAUAGGUUCACAAGCACUCUAUCUCUCAAUCGUCACCGAGCUGCGUUGAGGUUUUAGUCAAUUCUAUAGCGAGCCAGAUGAGAGAAGCGAAGACUUACGCAUCCCGAAGAGGAGCCUGCUGAUUUCAAAGAAUCGAGCGACAACUUAAGGCUCUUGAUCGAUACGUACUUCGCGAAGAGACCCUCGGAGCUUAAGUUGCUGGAGCCAGUGGCGGAGGUGAUUGUCAAGCCAGAGGAUCCUCCCGCCGAGCCGGCGACGAUGAUAGUCAAGCCCGAGGAGGAUACUUCCACUUCCAAAGAUCCAGCAGUGCUAGUCAAGCCGGAGGAUCCUCCAACCGAGCCAGCAACAUUGCUACCACUUCGCAGUACCACGCCCAAGAUUGUCAUGGAAGUUCCAAGCCCAAGAACAGGUUCUUCUUUCUCUUCUUUUCGUUGGUGCUGGAAGGAAAAAAACUGUUUUCAUGUUUUUUCUGUGAUGCAAACAGUGGCUUUGAGGCAGGAAGUGAAAGACCUCGAUCUGUUCGACGAGAAGCUCACGCCACCAGAGCCAGAGGCACCAAAGAAAAAGAAAUAAAAAAAUCUUCGUCCAAAUAAACAAAGAGAUCCUUCCAUUGUCUUUGGUGCUUAACACAGGUAAACGAUGUCCUUCAGGUUGAACGUCGUAUCGUCUCCGUGCCAAAAGUUC